AUGACUAUCCCUCUCCACGAUGUCCAGAUGAUUCUAGGUGCCAAUGUGGAGGGACGGGUGGUCGCGCCUAGGUACGACAAGGUCAUCGAGCGGAAAAACUGCGUGUAUUUUCUGUCCGAGGUAUUAAACCUCGAUUUUGAGGAGAUUGACGAGUCAUGGAAGCAUGGGGGCCCCACAUGGAGGAUGAUACAGGGCCAGUUGUUGAUGCCCGACACGCCCAUGAGACGACGAGUUCAGAUAUAUCUGGUGUUUAUCUUCGGAUCGAUUUUAUUCCCCGACAAGACAUGUGAUCGGGUGAAGCCGUGGUAUAUGCACGUGCUCGAGGAUUCCGUGCUUGAUCAGGUCGGCACGUAUUCGUGGGGUUCGGCCUGUUUGGCCAAUCUAUACAGGGAGUUGGGUAUAUGCAGUCGAGCACAGUCGAGGAGCUUGGCGGGUUGCACCACCCUUCUUCAGCCGUCGGAGGAGAGCGAGCGGUACCGCGAGUUUCAGCCUCGAUGCAAGAGGUGGAACGCGCCACCAAAAGCGGGCACGCUCGAGCAUAUUCGAGGUUUACUCGACAAUAUGACAGCGGAUGAUGUCGAGUGGCUACCGUAUGGUCGGAAUAUACACGAGAGUAUCCCUCGUACGUUGUAUCAUGGCACGAUCCAGUACAUGUGGGUCGUAGAGCCGAAUAUGCCUGAUCGUUGCAUCCGACAGUUCGGGUGGGUCCAGGAUAUUCCGCGCGGCUUGAUUCCAUCAAUGGAGCCAUGUUCACGCGGUCCCAAAGGAGGUACAUCAUACAAAGUCAACUACCCAUUUCUGGGUGGUAUGUGGGACAUGGUCCUGGCUCAUUCCAUUCGUGCCAACGUAUACAAGACGGCACGACAACGGGGGGAAGUCGACGAGCACUACAUGGAGUGGUAUACCGAUCGGACUCAUCUGAAGAUCAACAACCCCGACGUAGGCCCGGCUCCACUGAAUCGAGAGAAUGUGAGGCCACCAGAUCAGCCGCCUUAUUACCAGAUAUUUGCCGAUCUACGUGCCGACCUUAGAGAUAUUAUGCAGCCCGCCGCCCGAUAUAUUGUUAUCAACCAGGACAACGACAACGACGACGACGAUGACGACGACGAUGACGAUCAUGAGGUGCAGCCGCCGAGGAGAGCGAGGCGGUAG